ACUGCAUACCUACUCUCGGUCUGUACGAAUACAUCUCGCAUAUUCCCCGCCAGCCUACCUUACGCAUCGGCAUCACCAGCAGCAGCAGCAGUAGUCGCAGUCGCAGUCACAGUCGCAUUCCCCUGCUGCGGUCUUUCACACCUCCAUCUUCCCAAAGCUCGAAUCGGUCUGCGGAACUUGCAGUACCUUCAAGAUACUUCGCCCUCACAGGUUCGACCCGCCGUUCAGCCCACUUCUUCCCUCGCGUCUGCCUCGGAGCUCAAGCUGCUUUUCAACCCUCUGCCCGGUCCGUCUACCCAAAUGCCAAAAGCACAAGUCAAAACCAAGACGCCUACAGCACACGCUUGUCCCUACAUCGACACUUUUUUCGCCCAAAGGAGCAGGCAUCUGGAAAUUAACGAUUGCAACCUUGCUGGUGGUCCUCCGGCCGUUGCCGCCGCCCCUACUACUGCUCCUAGUCCCUCUUGGAAAUACUCCUCAUCCUCUCUUCCACACGGCACUGACUUGCUGAAGCCUGCUGGGUACAACCGUCGUGACCCUACAACACACGUCCCCCAUACGGAUACCUUGUUGCGACUCUACAUACAGAUACAGUGCUCUCUGUCGUCUGUACCGCGUGCGGAUACCCUACCGUACCAGAGAACGACCCUCAAUUCUUGCUGCUCACCGCACCUGAGUCGUCUCGAGACCGCUAUCCCCGUCGCCCUCGCUGUCGCCGCUCGCUGUCUCCGUCGUCGUUAUCGUUCUUCGACAUUGGUCCUUUUUUUCUCUGCCUGCCGAGCACCCUCGCUUGAAUCUAAACCCCCAAGACUUCGCCUCGCUUCCUACUCGACUCAACUCGACUUAACUCAACUCAUUGACUUUUGA